ACUGCCAAUGAGGUAGGCCAUUCGGGUGGCUGAUAGCCAAUUAUCUACCAUCUGAAGAUGAUAGCCUAAUAGCUAGAUCUCGUCACUUAUGACGCUCAGGACAAUUUGCCAUAUAGACUGAGUUCAUGUGUUUCUCCCGCUGUUUCCACUGACCGACGAGGCUGCACGUUUGUGCUUUGGGACCUGGGCAGGCAAGAUUACGCAUCCUCCAGAGGUUAGAAAUGGAGACUUUUAAUCAUAAACUAAACACGUACAUAGACUCAUGGAUGGGUCCCAGAGAUGAACGGGUACAGGGAUGGCUGCUGCUAGACAACUACCCUCCAACCUUUGCACUAACACUCAUGUACUUGCUGAUCGUAUGGCUGGGGCCCAAGUACAUGAGACACAGACAGCCGGUUUCUUGCCAGGGCCUCCUGGUGCUCUACAAUCUGGCCCUCACUCUAUUAUCUUUCUAUAUGUUCUAUGAGAUGGUGUCUGCUGUGUGGCAAGGAGGUUAUAACUUCUACUGCCAAGACACACACAGUGCGGGAGAAACAGAUACCAAGAUCAUAAAUGUGCUGUGGUGGUACUACUUCUCCAAGGUCAUAGAGUUUAUGGACACCUUCUUCUUCAUCCUACGGAAGAACAACCACCAGAUCACGUUUCUGCACAUCUACCACCACGCUAGCAUGCUCAACAUCUGGUGGUUCGUCAUGAACUGGGUGCCCUGUGGUCACUCCUACUUUGGUGCCUCCCUCAACAGCUUCAUCCAUGUCCUGAUGUACUCUUACUAUGGGCUCUCUGCUGUCCCGGCCAUACGGCCCUAUCUAUGGUGGAAGAGAUAUAUCACACAAGGCCAGCUGAUUCAAUUCUUUUUGACCGUGUCCCAGACCAUCUGUGCAGUCAUUUGGCCAUGUGGUUUCCCCAGAAGCUGGCUGUUUUUCCAAAUAUUCUAUAUGGCCUCGCUUAUUGCCCUUUUCUCAAACUUCUACAUUCAGACUUACAAGAAACACCGUGUUUCACAAAAGAAGGCGUAUCACCAGAAUGGCUCUGUUGAUUCGCUGAAUGGCCAUGUGAAUGGGGUGACACCCACGGAAACCAUUACACACAGGAAAGUGCGGGCGGACUGAAGCUUGAAUAACCUCUCAAUCCUAACUUUUGUGCAUAUCUACUAUGUAUGUAAUAUUGCUAGGAGCGAUGUAGGAUUUCUUAUGAAGAAAUGUAUUAGAAGAGCAUAGCUAGUUUAUUCACAAUAUAAGAAAAGCCAUGUUAAUCUGAAAGGGAUUCCUAACGUUUUGCACACCGCUGUCUGUUACUAUUCAUAUUGAAUCUAAGUUAUUUACAGUUAAGUAACAAGGAUAGCAGAGGAAGCACAGUAAAGAACAGCCCCAGAUACCCACUUCCUUUUAAUGCUGCACAAGAUUUUCGACAAUGUCUGGUGGGACAUCGCUUUAUUAAGCAACCUGGACCCAUACAGAAAUAACAAUGUUUUUCCAUGUUUUAAUUCACAACAUAUGCACUUGUCUACAUGCUAGAUUGUGUCCUGAUUGGACAAAUCAGGACAAAAUCUAUUUUGGGGUUUCCCUUGCAUAGAGACAAGGCUGUCGGAGUCAAAUGUGUCCACUGAGUAACUUUAGAGAGGUUCACCUUCAUUGCUUGCAUUGUAAAGUUUAGUUUAAAACCAGUUGCAAUAAUAGAUUUGUCUAUUGUCUGUAUCAGUCAAACAGGUUUGAAAAGCAUUUGUCCGUCAAAUGGCACUGAUCAGAACAAUAUUUUAUGUGAACAAGAAAUACUAUAAAUUCAGUUUUAUUUUAGUUCUUGCUUUAGAUAAUGCUGUUGUUGUAGCAAUAGUUUACAUACAAGGACAUUUUAUGAGAGCCCUAAUCUCUUGUGGACAGAUGCAGGUAACAUAAAUCGAGCAUCUGACGCAAUUGUGCAAUUUUAGUUCUGGGUGUCCGUGACUAUUCCUCUACAGUAGCAAUUUAGUUUCUAUCUAAUCUUUUCCCAGUUGGAAUAUUUAUUUCCUACUUUAUUGCAACACGUUAUACAACAAAAAGCUAAAAUCACACUGAUAGUGUCAUGGAUUGUGUUAAAAAUAGAUGAAGUGUGUUGAAAUAGUUCAAUGUGUCUACUCAACCCUCAGAAUUCAGCCCCAUAUGAUAUUAAUGUAUCCAUACAUGACUGUAAAUCACUUUGUAUAACAGCGUCUGCUAAAUGGCUUAUUAUUAUAUGACAUAUAUUCUCAUUAUCUCUCUGAACCCAAAGUCACCAUUUUACUGUUAUAUGUGCUGAGAAUGUCAACCUCAUCUCCAUGGAAUGCAGAAAACAAUUAAUACAAUUAUAAACCAAACUUAAACUCUGUAUCAUAUUUAAUAUAGUUUACAUAUAUGUGCUGUGUUUUAAACCCAUUCCUCCCUCUUACACUAGUGUUUCCCUCAUUAGAUUGAAUCAGGAUAAAAGUUACAUCAAGCCUUGAUGUGACUAUUGUGUUUUCUCCAAAGCGUUGCCUUAAUAGAUGUUGCUACCUAUAUGUUUAACUUGUUCCCUUCGUUAUGGAAUUGUAUUAUAGUCCAUGUAUGCCUUAAUUAUGAAAUACAGGGGCCAAAUCGCCAACUUCUGUUGUAGAGAUGUGUCUCGCUUUGAAAGCCAUUUAAAGCGCUUAUCUAUGGCUGGGUUUACACAUACAGUCCAAUGCAGAUUUUUUUCUUCACUAAUUGGUCUUUUGACCAAUCAGAUCAGCUCAGAAGUAGAUCUGAUGUGAAAAGAUCUGAUAUGAUUGGUCAAAAGACCAAUUAGUGAACAAACAUAUCAGAAUUGGGUUGCCUGUUUAAACGCAACCUAAAUCAACUGAAGGAUGUAAUCUACUGUUGAAAUAUGGUGAGAUGAAUGGUGUAAUAAACUGUUGUAAAUGUGGCUGGAUGAAUGAUGUAGUUCUGGGUGUCCUUUGAAAUGUGGUCAGAUUAAUUAUGUAAUCAACUGUUGUAAAUGUGGUCAGAUGAAUGAUGUCAUCAACUGUUGAAAUGUGGUCAGAUGAAUGAUGUAAUCAACUUUUGAAAUGUGGUCAGAUGAAUGAUGUAAUCAACUUUUGUAAAUGUGGUCAGAUGAAUUAUGUCAUCAACUGUUGAAAUGUGGUCAGAUGAAUGCCGUUUUGAGAGAGAAACAGCAGGACACAACAUUAUUAUGUCCUCACAAUCUGUGAAUAGACUGCAAAAUCAGAUUUGUAUCCACAGUAAUCUGUAGAAAUGUACUCAGCUUUCAAACAAUGCAAGUGAAGCCAGCCUCGAAGCUGUUGCAUUUGUAAUGUCACUGAGAUUGGAAUUAAUAAAAGCAUUCAUGCUUCAUCUAGAUCUCCCAUGGUGUAUUUCAGGCAUCAUUCUAGAAUCUAGAUGGAGCACUCUGAUCAAGCCACAGCCA